UUGCAGCCCGAGAGGUGUGAUUUGCAGACAGUAAAAUCUUGACGCGUUGCAAAAGCACGCGUUUCAUCAACUUAGCCGAGGUCUGACUGGAUGCUGCGGAAAGAGAAUUUCAUUAACAUUUGCUAAUUGUGUGUUGCAAUGUUCCUUCUGCUUGCAGGGCAAAGAGCCGAGCGAUCAACAAAUCCGACAAGUCUGCAUGAGAGUCAUGCAGGAGCAGUUGGCACAGUUGGCAGCCAGUCUUAGGAGGCCGGAGUCAGGAGCAGCAGGCCUUCCUGGUCGUCCAGGACCUCCAGGGCCUCAGGGUCCCACAGGAGACAGUGGCUUCCCUGGGCAGGCAGGAGCAAGAGGCCUCCCAGGCUUGAAAGGACCUCCAGGAAUUUUCGGACGCAAAGGAUCUAAAGGUGAGAUGGGUGACAGGGGAGACCGAGGACCCACAGCGCGAGGACCCAAAGGCAUGCCAGGACCCCCUGGUCUACCAGGUGAGCCAGGGAAGCCUGGCUACGGCAGGGAUGGCCGUGACGGUGCCAGAGGCCCACCUGGUCUCCACGGCCAGUCCGGUGUCCCUGGGCCUCCUGGUCCCGCUGGCCCCAAUGGCUACUGUGACCCUUCUGCCUGCAACCUCCCAGCCGGGUCGGCCGUCCUGGACACCAAUGUGAAAGGGCCAAACGAUAACUAAGCCACCGGGGAGCGGCGGCAGGGGCUGAAGCCGAGAAGGAGAGACUAAUGGAGAACUGCCCGAGGAAGCACACAACAUUCUCACACACACACACACAUGUGUGUUUGAAAGCCACCAAAUGAGAACGAGACUGCGUAGCCUUUUAGUGUCUGUACACCAGUGUGAGAAUGUUCUGUGCUAGCCAGGGCCUGGAAACACCACAAGGAGAGCUCCAUUUCAGUUGUCAAGACAUCAUCAGAGUCAGCUUGUUCAAAUUUCUGAUUUGAAAUGUGGUCAUUAUUGUGAUUUAUGGUUUUUUUUUCCCACUUGACUUUUUUAGUUUUUUUUCCAGUUUUGAAAGUAAGGAAUUGUAUUUUUUUUCACAAGAUGUUUCCAAACCCCACUGCCUAUAUUGUCAGCAUUCUUCCUUAUCCAUAAUGCAGUCUGAAGCACACAGGAUGUUCGACCGGACCAUUUUCAACAUCUCCACCCCUCACUAUUAACCCUACUGCUUACCUUAGAAACCUUGAACAUUCCCCAGAAGAGAAGGAAGCAGCAAGCAGAAUUGUCCUCAGACCCUAAUGCCAUCUCAACUCUCAAUGUACCAUACUGUACUAUACUGAACAAAAGAUAAACCUGCUGAAAACGCUUGUGGUGUUAUCAGUUUGUGAAGAAAUGGUCGCAAAGGACACGACUUUCAUUUCGUUUUCAAAUAAACAUGGAAGGGAGGGAGGGACCAUGUCACUUUGGCCUUCAGUUCUGUUGUACAGUAAAUCUGUGUCAAUUGUUAUGGAUUAGAUAUGGUUUGAUGUUCUGCUCUUUCGAGGCGGGGUGGAAGAUGUUGUAAUUCAUUUAUGCUUGGAUUUGGGAGUGGGAUUCAAAGGAUUUCCCCUUUUAAGAGCUCAAAGUGGGGCCUAUGCCAGCGUGCCAGAACCCAGACAAUGCACAGUAUUUCUAUUUAUUAUACAUAGGUAUUAUGUAAGGAUGACAUUGAAGUUUGUACAGGUAUCACGGAGAGAUACACGUGUUUUAUAUGAAUUGUUCGAUUCCAAAUAAAGCUAGGUCUCAGCCUGUUCUUAAAGUUUUCUUUAACACUCUUGAGUGAAUCGUAUGUGAUUACACUAAAAUGAAAUAUACACAGUGAUGGCCUUUCGAUGGAGCAUCUUUCACAGUUUAGUAUUUUUAGAACACACUAAUUCUAAUAUUUGCACUUUCCAGUAGGCUUUAAGAAAGACUAUCUAGCGAUCCUCAAUGGAUCUUAAAUAAUUCAAGUAUCUCAUAUCUAGAGCAUUUCCAAUGUCUGCUUAAAAAAGUGAUAUACUAUAUCAGUUUAAGACUUUAAAAAUAACAAAGUUCUGUUUCAGUUAGUUCAAAUCACCAGCAGUUUAUUAAAUCCGUGUACCGUACUGGAUUAGUCAUGGAGACAUUGACAUGCAUGUUUCAAUGUGUAAAGAAUCAAUUUUAUUUGUUUUAUUAGAGUACAGUUAGGGGAAGGGCAAGUAGAAGAAAUAUAAAACAAUUAAUGACUCUUACGUUUUAACUCAGUACAGACUUGGACAUUCAAAUAAUUCAUUUUAUAAGUUGAAUUACAUUUGAAGUACAAAUCAAAAUACAUAAGGGUUUGUUGAAAAUAAGACAUCCAUGGGGCCAUUUUCACCACAAACAUUCAAAAGCCAUUGUUAUUUGUUUGUUACUUGUGUUAUGCAUGUUAUCUUUGAUAUGCUUUAUCCUCAUAAAAAAACCUGAUGUCACACACAUAGUAUAUAUCUGAUAAACAUUCCUUUUAAGCUAUAAUCUGAAACAGUUCUGAAUUCACCACAAAAAAAGCCUCAAUAUAAUUUUGGCAGAGCAUGUAAACUCUUCUUUAUAAUUUCCUGCCACAAAUAAAGAAAUUUGGCCAGUAUAGUGAAUCCAAUCCCCCAAUCCACUUCUCUCACAGAAGAACCAAAGCUACCGUAUGCACAUGUAAAUUCAUCUUAAAUGUUCACAGGUUAUGUAUCCGUCAUCAGACCACAGUGAUUCCUCCUGUGUCUCAAGAAUGCCUGCUCUAGUGGCUA